CCCGCCACACCUAAAGCUGUUUCAACAUGCCCAGACCUUGGAAGUACAGCGAUGAAAAUCGAUAGCUGCGAUCUGGAGGAAGACUUCUGUUUUAGUAAGAUUAAGGGUAGGUUAAAGGUGCUUUUGUUACCGUUUGUUAUGGCUCUCCGAAGGGGGACAGGCAUAACAAGCGGAAUAAAGGAACACCAAGAACCUACCUCUAAUAAGAGACAAGAGUCGGGCCAUUCGGAGCUUACUUCUGAAUCUGGGCCAACCUCCUUUGCCGCGUCAACUCUAGUGUCCUCCGGGUCUUCGAGCUGUCCUCGCGUAGGGUCGUUGUGCUUGCCUGAGGGGGUGUCGGAGAUUAUCAUGCGUGACCAUUUUCCAACAGUUGCGGAAAGUCUGCGGUCGAUACUUAGGGGCAAAAUAUUAUUCUGUAAUACAUAGUAGUACUUUCUUGAAGCCGGCUCCAAAAUUUUAGAUAUUUGGAUUUUGAUCAUGGUCGGAGGUUCUGUCACCUACAUUGUGGUGUCGGCUACAUUCUAGUUUGGUGCAUUCUUGUUCGUUGUCGAUGAUCCCCUAGUAAGGGGGGAUCCAUCGUCAUAAGUAUGAACUGAACACCUCUCUAAAUUGCGGUUGCGAAGUGAUGAAUUUGAGGGAACAAGAGAGCGUGCGGAGUUUGACGACCAGGACAUAGAAGAUGAGCGCUAUCGCGAUGCUGAUGACGAGCCUUUUUUUAUGACCACACACUUCCUACUAUUUAUAUUGGAGAAGUAUACAACACCUCAGCCGUACAAAAGGGCUAUAGCUUUUUUCGUACUCUCGGGAGGAUCUCCGUAGGUUUUUUUUUUAGUUAUAUAUAAGGUAAAUAGAAUGGGUAAUAGUAUUUAAGAAUAAGAUUUCAUGUCAAGCAGGACGCGUCGAAGCAUUUUCAUCCUAGAAGUUAGUCCCUCCAGUCAAGAUAUCAUUUCAAGGACUUACAUUUGAUUUGAAGACCUCGCGGCAGUACUACAUACUUAUAAAUAUAUGUGAAGCAUAGCUACGGCCACCGGUAGUACUCUAACCUCCUCUCCGGUUUUGACACGGUUGGAGAAAGGCAGGCGCAAAGACAGAGGUUCCUACAACUGCAAACUACUCUCCGCGGGUGCUCGGAUAAAGCAAAAGUUCAUGAUUUUGCUUCCCUGGUAUCAAUUGGUGCUUUGAUUUUUAAGGCUUUAACUCCGGAGAAAUGAAGCAGUAUCAAUUUGAAAAUAUCAUGGGACGAUGCUUAAGCAUAGGCUGGGUGCGGGUCCUUCACAGCAACAUCAGGUUAAGGGUAGGGUAAAGGUGUUCCUGUUACCGUUUGCUUUGCCUCUCCUAAGGGAGAAAGGGAGAACGAAAAGGAAAAAAUGAACACCAAAACUCUACCUCUAAUUAUUAGGUAAAAAAUUUUAGGUUUUACUUCGUAGGUUUUUUUAGCCGAUAGUGAAGAAACAUGAAAAUGUAACGACAUUCAUGAUGAACAAGC